AUGCUCCUCAGGCAAUGUCUUUUAUCUUUACUAUGUUUUCAAGGCUACGCAUUCCCACUAAAAGCUUUAGAAUUGUUUGAGGUGGAUGACAACGACUCCAGAACAGCGUUUAGGCUUAAAAAUGAAGCAGAUAGUGGGAGAGUGGUUACCUUAUUCUGCCGUAAUCGGUGUUUGAAGCUCAGAACGCAGGUAAUAUCAAUUUUUUUGAAUUUUUAACAGUAAAUUAAAAAUGUAAAACUAAUGAUUUAGUCAGCAAAGAUUGUGCGACAGCAUAACGAACAGUACGUGAACAGUUCUGAUGACCGUCUGUACUUCCAAUUCUUCGUGUAUAAGAAACCGAUUGGACUAGAAACAGUAGACAUGACGAUGAGAAAGAAACAGUUCGGACUGUUCUAUCUAGUCGGAGGCAAGACGUUUGUCUACAAGGAAGACAUUGGGAACGAAGUAAGGUUACCUUUAUCUUAACUAUCAAAGCCUAGAAAACGGUCUCCAAGUGGAUCAAAUUCUUCGAGAAUCCAGAUGUGGAAAGACCUUCAGAUUAUGUUGAACUUGAUGCUCUACUCAAUGGAGCUGAUCGCUGUGACGAACCCGAAAAGAAGUUUAUAGUUAUGGUACAAGACGAGAAAAAGUGUAUGGAUGUUCACAUAGUCAACCUGGCUAGAGGAUUGAAGAGCAACGCCAACAUUACCGUAGUCGAGUUGAAGAGGCCUCUGUCACAAGAAAUGGAAGCCGUUCUCAAAUGGAGAAUGCCUUUUCUCUCAGAUUCUUGCAAAAUGAUCGUAUACCUUAACAGUCAGACCUACUAUGAGAUGGACUCUACUGUACAGCCAAGUUUGGUAAGUUCAUUACGCCGUAUCUUUACAACACAUACUGAAAUGGACGAUCCAAGAAGCCAAUAUGAUUAUUUUAGCUACACACUUCUAUCCUUGAAUGGAAAGCUGACUGUAACCAGACUUCAGAACUUAAUAGGAUACGGUCGAAGCUGACAGAGAUUCAAUUAGAAUAUCUAAGCGAAGAGAGAUCGGUUCAGAAGAUCCAAGAGAAUCAAGUUUAUGUUGUAGUAGGUGCUAUUGGAGGUAUCGCUGUGAUAGCAUUAGCCAUUAGUAUCUUCUGGGGCCUCCAAUCAGCAUAA